AUGUGGCAAAAGCUACUACUAUCACCACUUUACGCCAGGAAGGCCCUUAUCAUUAAAAUAACGAAGCCCUUAUACCAAGCAAUCCCUACUACGACAAUGGCAACAGUUGACUAUGCACCUGGUAGCCACGCGACUGGCACUCCUGGUCGUAGUGGAAGUGGCGGUAGUGGUGGUCGUGGCCCUCCAAAGCAGCCACCAAAAUCCCACGACGACGACUACUGUGUCUCACCUGAGACAGAGAGCUCCCAUGAAGGUAUUGAUAGUGAGUACGAUGAAGAGAUCCUUCCUGAUGGCCGCAAGAACUUUAAGGCGCGCCUCACUGUUGAAAAUCUGGAGCGUUUCCGCGCCGGGAAUGACGCUAAGAUCAAGAAGUUCAUCCCAAUGAUGGCGCAGCUUGAUGUCGCAUCUACCAGGCGUCAUAAGGUCGAUCUCAGCCGCCCUCACUUCAGGCACCCGGCUCUCAUCCAUGUCCGCUCCAAGGUUGC